UUAAUUACUGCAAAGAUGUUUAUGCUGGAGUGACAGUUUUUUUCCUGUACUUCUUGGAAAAUUUCGCCUGGGGAACAAUGUACUGGUAUUUAAAGUUGUAGAGAUUGCAUUUUUUUUUUUGCUAUCACUGCAAAUGGAACACUGUGAACUGUUAAAUCACAAACAUCUCGAUUGAAAGGGUUUGUUAAAACAUAUGGACGACCUCCUACUUGUUCCAAACUUUUACUUUGUCAGUUUGGUGAACAGCUGGAAACGAAUUUACCAAAAAUGGAGAUAUCAGUUCUAGGUGUGCUUCCCUUUCUCUAGACACUGAUGUUAAUCAGAGAAGUAAGAGUAAUGUGCAACGAUAACAGGUCACAUUGACAAAGACUAUCUCCAAGAACAGCAUAAGGGCAGUAUGCACAAUAUUGACUCUCCUGGGAGAGAGGAAAAAAUAAGUGAUAAUGCUAAAUCCUUCCACUGGUGAUAGUGUCUUUUACUUCUGCAGAAAGGCACUACUCCCAUCCUGAACAGCUGAGGACGUCUUCACUUACCCUAGAUCCAAAGUCUUGCUGGGCUGCGACAACUAUGUGACAACUAUAAAAACAUGAUUUGAAAAGUAACACAGUUUCUCUUCAAACUGAGACAAACUGUUACCAUUCACAACCCAUCUGUGGCUAGUUCUGUUGACUCCAACUUGCUCAGAACAGAUAAUGUUGUGUUAGCAGUUCACAAUGUGCUGGUUUUCAAAAAAACAAAUAAAAUGCACAUGCGCUAUGUACUGCAUAUGUUUUUUUAAACAUGCCUCUGAAAGGAGCUUCAUUAGGGCAUGCUAAAAACAAGACAAUAGGUCACUUGUGUAAGUAUCAUCUUGAAAGCAGAAGUGAACAAUAAGUUUGUAAAAAAACAACAAAAAAUUACACACAUCUUAUGGUGGGGAUAAAUGGUAGUUAUGUAUAACUUAUAGAGCAUCUGGUGUUCAGUACAUUAACAGUUACAGAACAGAGGGGGUGAUUUGGCCUAUCUAGAUCAUUUGGUUGUCAAUAUCUAAUUAUAAAUUAUAAGCACCAGAAGAUAUAUUGAAACUGUCCUGAUCCACGACUCCACAAGAGGUUGUGGCCUUGAGCACAGCAUGUUUGACUUCUCAUUCAUCCUGACAGAUGAAGUUCUGUUAAGUUCUUAUUAUUCUCCAUGACAGUAGCAGUAGUCAGUAGUAGUCAUAGUAAUUAUAGUAAGAGCACUUAUUGUAGUAGUAUGUGUCAUAGGUUGUAGUACUAAUACUGAAAAAAACUUUCCACCUGGUUCUUGAUAAGCGCCUUCUUUUUACUGUAUACUAGCUUUCCAUUUUAUCUCAAGAGUCAUGUAGAAGUAGUCGAAGAGGAACUAUUGUAUAUCUAGCAAUCAUUUUGGCACUAGCAAUAAUAAAGUUAGCUUUGCUGUCAAAUAAGAUAUUAAAUAAAAAUAAUCAGAAUUAGGCCUAUUACAUUCUCUCACAACAAAACAUUGCACAAGAAAAUACAAAUGUCUUCGACUUAGAUGGCUGAUGGUCAAAAUGUUCUGAAGGCCUCAACUGAGUAAGCAGCUUUUCUUUUUUUUUAUUUGCUAUUUGAAGAAUUGCUAGAUACUGCAUAUUUUUCAAACGUAUUGGUGGGUUGUUGUGGCUUUAGACCACUGAAGAAGUUAAAAGUGAAAACAAAUUGGAAGGUCCAGAAGCCCUGAGCUACUGCAAGUAAUAUACUGCCUUUCAGUACUUCCUGCUGUCACCCAUGUGGAACAAAAAUAAGAAAACUGUUCAGCGCCUCAGCAGCAGAUAUCUACGUUCUCUUGACUGUGAGAAGAAACCUUACACAGGCACGUAGGAAAUAAUUAAACAAAAGAUGUACUUAAAGACAAUGAGUCUACUAAUGAGUCCUCUUGUCCGUGUCAGCAUUUUGCAAGGUAUUCUGCUGGCAGCAAUGUGCAAUGCGUGGAAAGUCAGACUUCCACAGAGGGUUCAUGCACUAGAAAGUUCCUGUGUAGUCAUUCCUUGCCGGGCCAUUCCUUAUGAUUCUGCUUACUGGUAUCAGUAUGACAGCAUAAAGUAUCUUAAGGUAUAUGACAAGAAUGAUCCGGGAGGAGUUAUCGAUCAGUUCAAAAGUCGCACAUCAUUAGUGGGGAACAAAACUACUGGCGACUGCUCUCUGAGGAUCAGUAAUAUAAAACAGUCAGAUAAUUCAUUAUGUCUUUAUGUGUGGAUCUACCCAGAUAAAGAUCACGAUGUAAAGUUCUAUCACACAACUGUACAGCUUAGUGUUACAGGCAUCCCAAAUAUCCCAAGGAUAGAUCAAAGUGGUCCAUUGACUGAAGGCAACAUCAGUCUAAAGUGUGAAGUGAAUCACACCUGUCCGUCUGUCCCUCCAAUGUUCAAAUGGAAUCACAGCAAGGGUCUACGUCUGAUACCAGAGCCUCCCACACAAGUGGAAGUGGAAGAAGGCAAAUGGAGAUCUGCUUCAGUCCUUCACCUGACAAGUACUUACUCUGACAAUGGUGCUGAUAUCACCUGUGAAGCUACAUAUUCAGAGGUCAAGAAAGUAAAAGAAACUAUAAAAUUAAAUGUUCAAUAUGGACCCAGGGAUGUCAAUGUCUCCUUUUCAGGCGGACGUGCAAAAGAGGGAGACAGAACAAAGCUGAGUUGUGUAAGCGAUGGAAACCCAGCACCACACAUAUUUCAGUGGUACCGGGUUAAUGGCAACCAGAUAUAUGACUUAAACCAUCACGGUCAGUAUAUAGAGUUAAACCUAAGCAGAACUGACAUCUAUACCUGCACAGCGCAAAACAGCCUGGGGAAUGCAACAUCUAAGGCUCUUCCCAUUCCCAUUGAAUAUGCCCCAGACAUACUGCCUGAGUCCUACUGCACCCUCAGUGGAGGAAUGGUCACGUGUCUUUGUGUCGUUGAUGCUAAUCCUUCAAGUGACAUCAUCUGGAACAUCAGUAGAAAAUCGAACACUGAAGGUUUCAACAUCUCCCAAACAGAGCAAGACAACAUAGUGUCAGGGAAACUGACCGGAGGCAUGAUGACACAGGACAACAUUUUCUGCAUUGCCUUCAACGCACAUGGAAGAAUAUCUCGUCAGCUACCAUUUACAGUUACAGGAAGCAUAGAGACAAAGAUGAACAUCGUUUUUGGGGGCAUGGCGGCUUUUGCUGCCAUGAUAAUCAUUGGUUUGGGACUAACUGUUUUCAAGAAAAUCCAAAAUAUGAAGAAAGAAAAUGGCCAGAAAAACAAAACGCUCAGCCUCUCAGAGAUGCGACAAGACGGAACACAGAGGGAGGGGGGAUCUGAAUAUGUCGACUCUACAGGAUUGAACCGCAGACUCAAGGAGAAAAACCCAGAGGAUGAAGUGAUGAAGGGUUCUGACUGGAAGAUUGAGAACAACAAGGACGAGCAGGAGGAGGAGUCUGUCUACCUUGAACCCGACUGCUGCCGAGAUGACACUGGGUCUGUUUAUGCCAAUGACAUGUGCUUUAGAAGGGACUGAAAUCCGGAAAUGAAAUAUCUCCCUGUGGUCAAACUUUUGGGAAACUUUCCGCCUUAAAAAAAAAUUGGAUGCACAACAUUUUCCCAAUUUGUCUGCAGGGCAACUCAGGCCCUAAGGUCUCACAUUCCUGGAAAUGUAUAUAAAGUUAGGAACUACAUUAGGAACCACACACUGCCCCUCUAACAAUUGUAAUCAUUCUUAUAUAGAAGAUUCACACAGAUUAUUAUUUAAUGAAAAUACGCAUUAUAAAAUGCAUACACAAUGAACAGGAGAAGAACAGCAUAUAUAUUGAACAUGCCUAAAGUGCAAUGAAUCUAAAAUAUGGUGAAAAGCUGACAGGAUGAAUUUAGAAGCUUUUUUGUUUUUGCUUUAGAAUCCACUUUCUCCAUAGCUUCAUGAAAAACAAAGUAUAGAUGCAUAUUUUAAGUAUGGUACUUUAAAACUUUAUAAACCACCAGCCUUUUCACUGUCCAUUUUCGCCUGGAAGGGACGUGACUUUAAACAUCUGGUAUUAUCUUGGAAAGUAUAGACAGUACAAGCCUGGUUCAGGGCUUGAAUUCAAGUUAAAAUAUGUUUCACCGAAGUCAAUUCAAUGCUGUGUCCUUACUACCAGGUUCUUUUAAUUACACUUAAUAUUCAACAGUAUUAAAUUGUCACAAUGGGACAGCUGUGAAAGAUGGGGGGUUUUGUUAGCUCAUUACAAACAUCAUACUGUAUAUUGCUAAUUAAAAAAACAGUGGGAAAGCAACACAAAAAAGUUGAGUGAAUGUAAUUAAACAUGCAGAAUUAUAUACUAUAUAGAGUAUGUUAUUAUAUAUGCAGAAUAACAUAGAAAUGACUUACAAUAAUAUGCAACAUAAAGCAAAUUUUACUUAAAAUGUAUUUAUUUUUUUCUGAAUAUACAGUACAG